CUCACAUCGCCACCGUCCAUCCAACAAGCCCUCCUUCGCUAUUUAUAGUAUACACCUCAGUAGCCUUCACCGCCACUCCUCAUCCACGCUUCCUCCGAUGGCGAUCUCCCCCUCCUCCCUCUUUCCCUCUCUCCUCCUCGCCGUCGCCCUCGCCGCGUCCGCCCUAGUCGGUGGCGGAUCGGCUGCCUUCGCCUGCGGGCGCGGCAGCCCCGCGGCGGGGCUGCCGUUCUGCCAGCCGGGGCUCCCGAUCCGGGCGCGGGCUCGCGACCUGAUCGGGCGGCUCACGGUGGCGGAGAAGGUGGCGAUGCUGGUGAGCAGGCCGGCGGGGGUGCCGCGGCUCGGCAUCCCCAGCUACCAGUGGUGGUCGGAGGCGCUCCACGGCGUGGCCAAAGUCGGAGAUGGAGUCCACUUCGGCGGCGAGUACCCUGCCGCCACCAGCUUUCCCCAGGUCAUCUCCUCCGCCGCCUCCUUCAAUGCCUCCCUCUGGGAGCUCAUGGGCAAGGUGGUGUCGGAUGAGGCGCGGGUGUUGUACAACGGCUUGCGCGCAGGGCUCACGUAUUGGAGCCCCAAUGUGAACAUCUACCGGGACCCGCGGUGGGGCCGCGGUCAGGAAACCCCCGGCGAGGACCCUGCCGUCUCCGCCCGUUAUGCCGUCGCCUACGUCCGCGGCCUGCAACAGCCCUCCAGCGGCGGCCGCGGCUUCUCCCGCCUCAAGGUCGCUGCCUGCUGUAAGCACUACACCGCCUACGACCUCGAUAACUGGAACGGCUACGAUCGGUUCCACUUUAACGCCAAGGUGAGCAAGCAGGAUCUGGAGGACACAUACAAUGUGCCCUUCAAGGCGUGCGUGGUCGACGGCAAAGUGGCGAGCGUUAUGUGCUCCUACAACCAAGUCAAUGGCGUGCCUAGCUGCGCGGACCCCAACCUCCGCAGGAUCGUCCGCGGCCAGUGGAGGCUCAACGGCUACAUCGUUUCCGACUGCGACUCAGUCAGCGUCUUCUACAACGAGCAACACUACGGCUCCCGACCCGAAGACGCCGCCGCCUACGCGCUUAAAGCCGGAAUGGACUUGGAAUGUGGUGGGUUUCUGGGGCAGUAUGCAGAGAGAGCGCUGAGGCAGGGCAAAGUGAGCGAGGCAGACAUCGACUUCGCGGUGACGCACACGGUGGCCGUGCAGAUGAGGCUCGGCAUGUUCGAAGGAGACAACCAGCCGUUCCGUGAUCUCGGUCCGCGCGAUCUCUGCUCCGGUGCGCACCAGAGUCUCGCCCUCGAGGCCGCACGCCAAGCCAUUGUCCUGCUUAAGAAUCGCGCGGGGGCGCUUCCGCUAUCGCCCUCCCGCCUACGCACCGUCGCCGUCAUCGGCCCGAAUUCGGACGCCACCACCACCAUGAUAGGAAACUACGCCGGCAUCCCUUGUGCGUACACGAGCCCGUUGAAAGGAAUCAGUAGCUAUGUAAAGACGGUCCACGCCGUGGGAUGCACGGGCGUGGCCUGCGCUAGGGAGCAGCCCAUCGAUGCGGCGGUGGAGGCGGCAAGGCAUGCCGACGCCGUCGUUCUGGUCGUGGGGCUAGACCAGUCAAUUGAGGCCGAGGGGCGGGACCGUUUGGACCUCCUCCUCCCCGGCCGACAGCAGGAGCUGGUCACGGCGGUAGCCAAGGCCUCACCAGGCCCCACCGUGCUCGUCAUCAUGAGCGGCAGCCCCGUCGACGUAUCAUUUGCCGAGGUCGAUCCCAACAUCGCUGCCAUCCUCUGGGUCGGCUACCCCGGUCAGGCCGGCGGCGCUGCGAUCGCCGAUGUCAUUUUUGGCGCGUAUAAUCCCGGCGGUAAACUACCAGUGACGUGGUACCCCCAAUCCUACGUUGACCGAGUCCCAAUGACGAACAUGGCCAUGAGGCCCGACCCGUCUACGGGUUACCCGGGACGGACCUACCGCUUCUACACCGGGCCAGUGGUGUACCCCUUCGGCCACGGCCUGAGCUACAGCAAAUUCACCCACACGCUGGCCCUCGCCCCGUCCCAGCUAUCGGUUCAGCUGGUUGGAUCCAGAACCGAGCAGCUCAACUCCACCCUCAAUCGGGCGGUACGAGUCAACCACGCCAGGUGCGACGGCCUCGCCGUCCCCGUCAACGUCGACGUGGCCAACGCCGGCGAUCGCGACGGCGCUCACACGGUGCUCGUUUACUGGCGCCCGCCUUCGGGGCACGCGGCCGCCACCAGGCAACUAGUGGCGUUCGAAAAGGUGCACGUGCCCGCUGGGAACCGUGUGAGUGUGGCCCUGGUUCUCGACGUAUGCACGCAUCUCACCGUGGCGGAUGCCUACGGGAUCCGACGAAUUCCCAUGGGCGAGCACAGCUUGGAGAUCGGUGAGUUGACGCACACCUUCUUGUUGGAGGCCGACACAUUGCCGAGGUACAAGUGACGAUCUGCCCCUGAGCAGGACCAGCUUAUCAAUUCUUGUUGAUUGAUUAAUGUCGAUUGCAGAAAUAAGAACUUGGCAACGCAAGAUUGUUUGCUGAUCUAGUUUCAUAUUCAAUCUCGAAGCAGUGAAAUUCUCUUA